AUGAUGAUGAAGAAGUCGUCCCCGAAUCGCCACCUCAAGAGCUCAAGCGCAAAAAAAAACAAGGGGAAGGGGAAGGCGGUUGAAACCGUAGCCGAAACCUUGCCCAAAGGCGGUUCGAGAGCAAAGCCAAGACCUUGGACAAAAAUAGAGGAGGAAGCGCUAGUAAUGGCGUUUGUUAAGUCCUCAACUUGCCCGAUUAUCGGGAACAACCAAACGGGUAGUAGUUUUUGGAAGGCGACAACGGAAAGAUUUAACGGGAUUAUGGAGCAAGGCCCGAUGCGUGAUCUCGAUUUCGUCUCGGGCAAGUGGCGUAAAAUGAGCAAGGCCAUCAAUACCUUUAGCGGGUAUUAUAACCAAAUUUACACUAAGCCUCCUAGUGGGAGUAACGACGAGGACAUUCUUAACCUUGCUUUGGCUAAGUGGGACUCUAAAAAUUCAACGUCUUUCCCACACCUCCGAGCAUGGAACAUUUUAAAGAAAGAAAAUAAAUAG